GUGAUCCCCCCUGCCCACCAUUCCAUUACUGGAGACUGGGGAGUGUACUGCCCUAACGAGAACCCAACGGGCACACACACAAAUUCUCCGAGGAAACACAUUUUGCCCUCCUUCAAGAAAGAAAUCCACCCACAUUUUACUCCUUUCUCUUCCACCCCAUUUCAAUUGAAGAUUACCUCAAUGUGAGGUAGAUGAAAUCUGAUGAAGAUGAUGAGGAGCAGAAUGGGUUUCUGUAAAGAAAAUGGACAGAACAAGAAACGGCCCAGAUUCUGCCCCGUGGCAGCUCAGGAUUACUCUGAUCCGUUCGAUCUGUGCAAUCUGCAGGAGGGAUUAUUAAAUCUUGAGAAAUUUGGAAGUGUUGCUAAGGACAUUGAGGAACUCAUUGCAAGAAGGAGACUGUUUCUUGAAAAACACUGUCUUUCUGCUGCUUCAGAAGCCAACCAGAAGCCUCAUGUUGUUAUUCUUGAUUCUGAUUCUGAUUCUCAUUCUGAUGGUGGUGGUGGUGAUGCAAAUGAGAAAUCUAAUUAUGGUCUUUAUGCUGCUGCAAACCAGAAACCUCAAACUGUCAUUCUUGGUUCUGAUUCUGAUUCUCAUUCUGAUGAUGAUGGUGCAAAUGAGCAAUCCAUUAAUGGACCUUAUGAUGAUGAUGAUGUGGGUGAUGUAUGGAAGGAAAUGGCAUUUGUUAUGGCAUACUCCAAGGACACAUCAGCUGAUCAAUAUUGCUCAGAAGAGAAUGGAAUAAUAAAUGGCAAUGGAGAUUGUGACCACAUUUUCAUAUUGAAGGAAGACAUUGGCACUGUGUGCCGCGUUUGUGGGUUCAUUCUGCAGAGCAUUGAGACCAUUAUUGACUUCCAGUAUCGAAAGGCCAAGAAGAGCAGCAGAAGUGUGUAUAGAGAGGCCAGAGCGCGGGCCCCACAGUGUCCGAGCAGUGGUGGGGCCCGCCCGUCGGAAGACGGCAGGAAGGAGGAGUCACUGUCCCCGCACCUGAGGCACGAGAAGCUGAUGAAGCCCCACCAGAUCGAAGGGUUCAAGUUCCUCGUCAAGAAUCUGGUGGGGGACCACCCCGGGGGGUGCAUUUUGGCGCACGCCCCCGGUUCGGGAAAGACGUUCACGAUCAUCACCUUCUUGCGGAGCUACAUGUCCAAGUGCCCCGAGGCGAGGCCCCUCGUGGUCCUACCCAAGGGCAUCUUGUCCACGUGGAAGAGAGAGUUCUCUAGGUGGCAGGUCGAGGAGGAGGACGGGGACCGCACGUUCCCUCUCCUCGACUUCUACUCCGCCAGAGCUGAUAACAGGUGUCAGCAGCUCGACGUCCUCCAGAGCUGGUCGAGGGAGCGGAGCGUCCUCUUCCUCGGCUACAAGCAGUUCUCCUCCAUUGUCUGCUCCGACGAUGACGAAACCGCCCAAACGGCCGAGUGCCGCCGCAUCCUCCUCGCGUGCCCCUCGAUCCUCGUCCUCGACGAGGGACACACCCCUCGGAACGAGGACACCGACACCCUCACCUCCCUCGGGAUGGUCCGGACGCCCCGCAAGGUCGUCCUCUCCGGGACGUUGUACCAGAACAGCGUCCGCGAGGUCUUCAACAUCGUCAACCUCGUCCGCCCCAAGUUCAUGAACCUCCCGGCCUCCAGAGACCUCAAGCGCAGGAUACUCUCCCGCGCCAAAGUCUCCGGGACACACACUAGCAGUUUCUCCGACAGAGAGUUUUUCGACAUCGUCGAGAAAACGCUAUCGAAAGACGACAACUUUCCGAGGAAGGUGGCUGUGAUUAAAGAUCUGAGAGAGAUGACAAGCAAUGUUCUUCAUUAUUACAAAGGAGACUUUCUUGAUGAGCUUCCAGGGCUUAUGGACUUCACCGUCCUCCUUAGACUCAGUGAAAAACAGAGGAAUGAAGUUGAAAAGCUCAAGAAACUCCAUAACCAGAGGUUCAGAGUGAUUUCUGAGUGCAGUGCCAUAUACAUCCACCCCAAGCUGAGAUCAACAGAGAAAAUCUUUGGGGUUUUAGGAGAUUUGGAUGUGAAAGAGGGGGCCAAGACCAAGUUCUACUUGAAUCUGUUGAAUCUGUGUGAGUCUUGUGGGGAAAAGCUUCUGGUUUUCAGUCAGUACCUCCUGCCAUUGAAGUUCUUGGAGAGGUUGACUGGGAAGAUCAAAGGGUAUAGUCUUGGGAAGGAGAUGUUCGUGAUCACGGGCGACUCCGAGUCCGCGGCCCGGGACUCGUCCGUGGAUGCGUUCAACUCGUCCCCGCACGCCCGGGUUUUCUUCGGGUCGAUCCGGGCGUGCGGGGAGGGGAUUUCGCUCGUCGGGGCAUCGCGGGUCGUGGUGCUGGACGUGCACCUCAACCCGUCGGUCACCCGACAGGCGGUGGGCCGGGCGUUCCGGCCCGGCCAGACGAGGAGGGUUUACGUUUACCGGCUCGUGGCGGCGGGGUCGCCGGAGGAGGACGACCACCGCAUCUGCUUCGAGAAAGAGUCGGUGUCGAGAUUGUGGUUCGAGUGGAGCGAGCACGACGGCCAUCGUGACUCCGGCGGCAUGACGGCCGUCGAUGUGGAGGCGUGUGGGGACAUGUUUCUGGAGUCCCCCUGUUUCGGGGAAGACAUUGUCUCUCUUUACCGAAGAUGAUCGAGACAGGAAGAAGUUUGUAAGCUCUUCGUGGAAAUCAAAUGUUUGUUUUUUUGGGUGUGUUUGAAUAGGAGUCCAAAAGAUUUGGCGGAGCUUUAUUUAUACAACUAGAUUUUAACCGCCGUGGGUAGCCGUCUCAAGCUCACUUCAUAAAAUAAAUAUCCUAAAUCAAGAUUCUAAUAUGGG